UGAAGUGUUUGUCAAUAACCACAACAAUUUGUCCACCAAAAACCAAAACAAUUUAAAAAAAGGUUUUUCCUUUGCUACGGCACAAAAUGAUUGUAGUACAGAAUUUUUCAGCUGAAAGUUCCACUAUCGAGAUUCAUUAACUGAAGACGUUAGACAUGUAUAGCUUUCAUAUAGAAAUAUUGCUGAAGAGCAAUUACUGUUUCCUGACACUAAACUUAGAUAUUUUAAAUGAAUUGAAUUGAAGCAUACUAGUAUUCAGUAUGUUCAAGUAUUCUCAGUAUGGUGAGAAACGAGGAGAAGUGUGGCAAUGGCCAACUCAUAUGCGCCUCUCUCGAAUCGUCUUGAUGGUAUUAAUUAUUUUAAUUCUAACCCCGUUAUUUACACAUUUUUAUUUAUCAAAUAUAGAAAGAAAUAUUGGUACAAUCACACAUAGUGCACAUUCACAUGUAGAUUUACCAGAUGAAUUCAUUGAAAUGAACGAUGCUGAUUUAAAAGUCCAUAUAGAAGAAUUAUUGAGAAUAAAGGGCUCAGUUCUGAGCGAAUUGAGGGAUAUGGAAUCAAAAAGGCAGAAAUUGUUGGCAGAGAUACAAUCUUACAUGAAAUCUAUUGAAGAAUUAAAACAAGAAUUGGUACACCAACAAACAAAUCUUAAUAAACUGAAAAUUUCUGUGGAACAAGCACAAGUUGCGCAAAGAGAAGCUCUAGAACAAAACACCCCAGACUUAGCUUUACCUAUUAGAUUAUUACCGGAAAAUGUGAUGGAAGAAAGAUUGUUGCCAUCUACAGCAGAAUCAAAAAAAUGUAGAAUGUUCUCUUGUUUUGAUCAUUCUCGAUGUUCUUUGACGUCAGGAUUUCCAGUUUAUCUAUAUGAACCUGAUGAGUUCAGAAUACUUCAGAAGGGUUGGGAUGUGGAUGGAUUUUUAAAGACAACAUUGAAACAAGCUCUAGGUUAUAAUCCUCAUCUCACAAAUGAUCCAAAAGAGGCUUGUAUUUAUUUAGUGUUAAUUGGUGAAGCUUUGAAAAAUAGUGAAAGUGUUAGUUCAAAUUCUACUGAUCCUGUACCUUCAGUUGACUCGACAGCUUUGAGGAAAUUGAAAUAUUGGGGAGGGGAUGGAAGAAAUCAUGUUCUUUUAAAUUUAUCAAGAAGAGAUUUGACUAUUCAUACUGGAAAUAUUUUUAAGUCUAUAGACACAGGACGAGCUAUCAUAGUCCAAUCAACCUUUACAUAUGACAGUUUUCGUCCUGGCUUUGACCUCAUAGUCACACCUGUGUUAGGACCACCUGGUGGUGAUGUAUGGCAAGAAUGCAGUGCUAUGCUUCCAGCAAGAAGGAAAUAUUUAUUGACCUUUCAAGGAGAAAUGAAAUCAGAUUCACCAACAAGCGUUGAACGUUCAGAAUUGGAUACUUUUGUGAUAGAACAUUUGAAGAGAUUGUUGAAUACCGGUACCUCUGAUAAAUUCUUGUUUGAAUUUGGAUGUAGCCUAGCUAAUGAGGAUAAUAGCAAUGUUGGACCAGAAGACUGGGCGUUGUGUGGUACUGAUGGAUCUAGAAAGAUGAUACUGAAGGAAUCCACCUUUGUGUUGAUAUUUGCCCCCGGUAGUGAACUAAUUUCGACAAGUCUGCUGCAAGCAAGACUCUACGAGGCGUUAAGAUCUGGCGCUAUUCCUGUUAUAUUGGGCGGCGAUCAGAUCCGUCUCGCCUACGACGAAGUUCUGCAUUGGCGCAGAGCUGUGAUUUUCUUGCCUAAAGCAAGAAUAACCGAACUUCAUUUUUUGCUCAGGACUAUACCUGAUGAAGAUAUUUUACUGAUGAGACGACAGAGCAGGUUGAUUUGGGAAAAGUACUUGGCGUCUGUUCAGAGUACUGUGGAUACAAUUGUUGCUGUUUUGAGGGAUAGAUUGAAUAUUCCGCCUUUGCCUGUGGACACUGUGGCAGCUACAUCUGUUUUCAAUGAAACCUUUCAACCACUAUUUGUUAGCACCCCUGUCGAAGGGGAACAAGAAGAAAGUUUAGGACCAAUAGAGCCGCCUUUUGACAGUCCUUCAUACAGACGAAAUUAUAGUUUAAUCCUAACCCAAGGCCAUGAGCUCUGGAACGAUUGGGGUGAUCCUUUUCGGCUCUAUCCUGCCUUGCCAACAGAUCCGUGGCUACCGUCAGACGCUAAAUUCAUGGGUUCUGGACGGGGCUUCAGGCCGAUUGGUCAAGGUCAAGGAGGGGCUGGAAAAGAAUUCUCCGAAGCAUUGGGCGGUAACCAACCCAGGGAACAAUUCACAGUACUUCUUCUCACUUACGAACGUGAGCAAGUCCUUCUCGAUUCGAUAGCCAGACUUCGAGGCCUGCCCUAUCUGCACUCUGUGGUAGUCGUGUGGAAUUCUCCCAAACCCCCAAGCGCCGAGCUGAAAUGGCCCGACAUUGGUGCUCCACUCCACGUGGUCAACGCCGCUAGAAAUUCCCUAAACAAUAGGUUUCUACCUUUGGACAACCUGAAGACUGAAGCCGUUUUAUCUGUAGAUGACGAUGCGCACCUGAGGCAUGACGAGAUACUUUUCGGAUUCAGGGUUUGGCGGGAGCACAGACAUAGGAUUGUGGGAUUUCCAGGAAGAUACCAUGCAUGGGAUAUAAAUACCCAGAACAGCUGGCUGUACAACUCGAACUAUAGCUGCGAGCUCAGCAUGGUCCUGACGGGCGCGGCCUUCUUACACAGACAUUACCUGCAUCUCUACUGGAAAUGGCUGCCCCAAGCCAUCAGGGAUAAGGUCGACGAAUACAUGAAUUGCGAAGACAUAGCCAUGAAUUUCCUGGUCAGCCACAUAACGAGACAGCCACCUGUGAAAGUCACAUCGCGGUGGACGUUCAGAUGUCCCGGAUGUCCGCAGAGCCUAUCCGAAGAUGACACUCAUUUUCAGGAGAGGCACAAGUGCAUCAAUUUCUUCUCCCAGGUGUUUGGAUACAAUCCGUUACUCAACACGCAAUACAGAGCAGAUUCGAUUCUCUUCAAAACUCGGAUACCCCAUGACAAACAGAAAUGUUUUAAAUUUAUAUGAAAUUUGAAAUUCCCUCAACAAGCAAUUGAUCUCUUAAUGUAAAAAUCAAUGGUAGCUUUAUUAUUUCGUUCCUUGAUGGAUAUACGGGAGUUGGUCGUGAAAAUGUUUACGAAUAUACAGGGUGUUUCACAAUAAAUUGGACGAAUUUCAGUCGGGUAUAGAUGAGAUCAGGAAAACAUGUUUUCCUCAUCAUAUAUACUCCGUUUCGGAAGCAUUAGCUAGGUACGGGGUUUUGAGGUCAUUUUUCAGCAAUAUUUUUGUGAAUGUGUGCAAGUUCUGAAACAAAACGCCAUUUUGAAUUUAUUUUUUCGGAAUUCUGUACCAUAAUUCGUUUAAGCACUAAAAAAUACCAACAAAUCGGUAUUUCCAAAUUCACAAUUCACCACAUUCAAUGAAAUAUUGCUGAAAAAUGACAGGUUUCUUCGAAAGCAGGGUAUAUAUCAUAGGAGUUUAUAAUAACACCCUGCAUAUUUAGUUAAUUUUAUUUGUG